AUGAGCACUGACCUGGAUCAGCGGUUGAAAGAGGCGCUUUCGGAUGUGGAGGCUCUGAAGGAUGCGAAUCAGAAGCUCGACCUCCUCUUGCAGUCUGUCAAGAGAGCAGACCCAAGCAAAGCAGAGGACGUCUACCGGCAAAUUCCCCAGAUGCUCCGGGUGGAGACUCCUGUGACGUCUGCAAUGGGCCCAGAGCCCCACGAGGAACGGAGCGAUCACAACUCUGCAUACACUGCUCGAGCUGUCGAUGACCGAUGGUCCCACGUGGAAGCAGAGGCGCAUGAAGCUGCAAGCGCCUUGGAGCGCAUGCUGCACCCGAAGUUUAGGCCACCGUCUGCAGAAACACGUGCGGACGAUGUGCGGCCUGUCGAAAACGCGGCGGCGCCUGCAGAGUUCGGCUGCCCAGAGGCUGGUCUCGAACCUCAGGUCGAGGCCGAGGUCGAGGCUCACCAUGAAAGAGAGGCCUCCGUGGAUGUGGAGUAUGAGUACCAGCACAGCUUCCUGGAUCCAAACGAGAGCCUUGAGCCAGAGAUCAAGGAAGUCAAGGAGACGGCCAAGGACGUCGGACCAGUUGAGGAGGCCCAGGAAAGCGACCAGGACCCAGAGUUGAGCGCCGAGCUCGAUGCGGUCUGGCAGUCCUUCUUUCCUGCUGUCUCGCCCUCGCCACCGCCCCCGAUUGCAUCUGCUGACUUGGACGAGAAGCCAGCCCCGGUUGAGGCGACACAAGAAGAUGCAGUGCCUUUGGCGCCCUCAGCGGCAGUUGAGCCAGAGAAGAGUCCAGAACCUGAAACCGCCGAAACCGAAGCGGAUCAGGAAGUGGCUGAAGCUCGGAAGGUGGCGCUGCAGGCUGCUGAGGCUGCAGAUUCGUUGAAAGCCGCCCGGGAAGACUGGCUAAGGAAGUUCGAUUUAAGCAUGGUAAAUCCACCACCGUCUUCACCGGCGGACAUCGCAGAUGCGGACCACCGCGAACUUACACGCCGCGAGCGAAUCACGCUCCUUGAGCGGGGGCUGGCUGGUGAGAAGUUUUCUGGCCCUGCAGACGAUGGGAACAGUGAGCUGCGCAUAGCAGAGGCUCGGCGCCACGAGCGAAAGGCAAAGAUGCAGCAGUUGUGGAAGCAGAAGGAGGAAGCGGCUCAAAGAAGCGGCCCGAGUCCCGAGCCAGUGACGGUCCCCGCGCAGCAGGCCGUGGAGGAGCUGGGGAGGCAUUCCUUCGAAGACCUGAGGUAUGCCAAGGCUUGCUACUCUCUGUCCCGCAACGCUCACCGGCUGAGUACGGGCAGCCUGGUGCGUGUGGUGGAGAUACUCGCUGCCGGCGAACGUGCGCCGCCAGAAACGAACCAACUGGCCUGUGCAGACGCUGUCAUCGGAGCCCUGGCGCCGCACAUGACGGCUUUGGGCCUGCCCGUGCUCAGGAACUGCUUGAAGGUAAUGACGACGGUGGACGUCAAAGAGCAGACAUAUCUGGACAUGCUCUUGGCGCAGCUGCUGGUUCUCUUCCGCCGAGAGAGCGGCAGCGUCCCUCCUGCUGCCCUCGCUGCUUUGGCAGGCUUUAUCGGCAGCUUGCACGAAGUGGGGGUCAGUGCGAGGCGAGGCGCAAGCAGCGCAAGUUGCGCAGCCAACCGCCGCUGCAUAGAUACGCUUAACGAGCUGAUUCUGCGGCAUGCUGCUGAAUUUGUGGAGGAGGAACUGGCCACCGUUGGCAGCCCCUACCUGCUGACGUUCAUGGACGAUGUGAUGCGCCGGACAAUCUUGAGAGGCGCUGCAGAAAUUGGUGCCGGCCUUCUCCCCGAGAGCCAAUCCUGGGUCACGGCGGCCCUGGUCCAGAUGGAAGAAGCAGUCCGGACAAGUUCCUUCGCCUUCAUCGCCAGCCUCCCCGACGAGACCAAAGACUAUUUGAUGAAGCUCAAGGCGACUGCAGCCUCAGCCGCUUCAGACCCUACGGAAGUCGUGAGCCAGGCUUUAGGUCGACAUCUGCAGGCUCAAGAGGAGCCAGCAGCUGCCUGA